AUGUUCCACCGAUACAAGCGAACACGCGAGUUCCAGGAGGGGACCAAGAACCUUAUCCGACCUCAUGUAUCCUCCUUCCUGAUGGCUCGUCAACCGCGGGAAGUGUUCCCCAAGGUCGAACGCGUCGAUCGGGACAUCGAAAUCGUACCAGCCGACAAGGGACUGUCUACGGUCAUAAUGGACAGAACCGACUACCUUCAGCUGAGACGAGAAAUUAAUUCGAUCCUGUUGGCACUAUGGGCCUUGGCUGCAAUAACGCCGUCUGACCGACGCAUGACGAUCGCACAAGAAACGGCCUUGGCCCGCUUCUAUGGUCUCCCUAAAGUGCACAAGGAGGGUGCUCCUCUCCGAUCCAUCGUACCAUUGAAAGGCACUCCAACGUACGAAUUGGCAAAGUGGCUGUUUCGGCGUCUCAAAGCUCUGACCGCUGAUUCGGAGACCAUGGUCCGCUCAUCUCCGCUCACGUCCCUUUUUACCUCCAUCCCUCAAGAUUCGGUAGUCGAGACCGUCGAACUACUCCUAAGGAGCAAUAAGGAUGAGACGGAGAAUCGCCUGGGACACGCGGAAAUCCUACAGCUCCUGAAGUUCUGUCUCAGGACGUACUUCACGUUUGACGAGACAAUCUACGAGCAAGUGAAGUGGACACAAAUGGGCUCACCGAUUUCAGGACUCAUAGCCGAGGCGGCCCUACAACGGUUGGAGUCGCUGUUCUUCCAACACCAUAGACGUGAUCAAGUGCUCACGUUAAAGGAACGUCUCAACAGCUUCUUCCCGGACAUACAAGUUACGAUGAAGGAGAAAGAGAACAACCAGCUGACCUUUGUCGAUGUCUUCGUCUGUCGCGAAGAUUAUGUUGGCCUAGAGACCAAAGUAUUUAAGAAAGGGCCAAACACGAUGUAA